GGAUUGAUAAUCUCUUCGUUGUCAGAGAAGGUGACAGAGUUAGGUCUGUACUUUCUUCUGGAGAUCUUGUCUCCUCCAGCCUCCACUAUACCCACCAUUGAUAUCUGUCUGUUGUGGGCUGUGUUGUACUGAGUCAGGUCCUGAGAGGAGAGAGAGAGAGAAAUGAGAGGUGAAAGGAGGGAGGAGUUACGAGAAAGAUGAAAUCAAAUUUUCUUAGACAAAGUGAGAGUCAACUCACGUCAACAUCAGUGUCUAGUUCAGGCA